AUGAAAGCGGCUGCCGCCGGCGCACGCUCCUGUGCUGUCGCCAAGUACAGCUCCCGGACGAUGCUUCGCCGACUGCAAGCCACUCCGAAGGUGUGGCAGCAGCGCUGCUUCCGCGUCCUUGCCAUGGGCAACACCAUCAUCGAUCAUGUCAUCUCUGUCGAGAAGCUUCCUGAUGACGGCAAAGUUUGGGUCGAGUCCAAGCAAAAGUUUGUGGGCGGACAGGGCGCUAACGCCGCCCAAGGCAUGGCGAAGCUGGGCCUCGAAGUCUCCUGGCUCUCGAGGCUCGGUGACGACGACGACGGCGCGAAUGCCCUCCGCCACUUCAAAGCUUGCAGCAUCGACACCUCCUUUUGCAUUGAAGUUGAGCGAGCGCACACGAUGUCAGCCACGGUCACCAUCGGCCGGGAGUGCAUGAAGCGGUGCUGCUACAUGCACAAGGAUGAGCGCUUGCUUGAAUAUGAUGUGUCCUCGCACAUCAGCAGCCUCGAUCUGCGCUCCUUUCAGAUCCUCUACACGGAUGGUCAUCAGACGGAUCUUGCCCUACCCAUCGCUCAGAAGGCCUUUGACCAGGGCGUUCCGAUCAUCGCCGACAUCGAAGUCUUAGACCAAGAUUGUCGGGCACUUGCCAAGCUGGCGAGUCACGUCAUUGCCCCACUUGAAGUCUUGCAGGAGCUUUCUGGCGAGACCGAUCCAGAGCGCAUCGUGAGACUUCUCUCCGAUCGCGAAGGGAAGACAGUGAUCGCCACAGCAGGGCUCGCGGGCUCCUAUGGCACUUCCUUUGAAGAUCCUACAGUCUACCACGUGAAGGUUCGACCAGAAUGCCAAGCAUUUGAUACCCUUGGUGCUGGCGAUGCCUACCAUGCCGGCUACGUGGCGGCAGUGUCUCGAGGCCUUCACCUCGAGAACCGGAUGGCCCUGGCCACCUCCGUGGCUGCCGCGCUCUGUGAAACCUCAGGACCCGUGCCCUCCCUCGAAGCGCUUCGCCGGUUCGGCUGCCUCCUCGACGCGGAGUGA